AUGAAGCCUCAAUCUGGGCUCCUGAUUUAUAAGAUCAUCGUCGCUUCCCUCUUCUCGGCUGUCCACAACAUAUACUUCCACCCCCUUGCGUCGGUCCCAGGACCCCUGCUAGCCAGGGCGUGGCUACUAUGGCGCGUGUACCAUUCUUUGGGCGGACGCUUCCAUCGCGUCAUUGAGCGGAACCACGCUCGAUACGGUCCCGUGUUUCGCGUCUCCCCGAACGAGUUGUCCUUCUCGUCCGUAACCUCGUGGAAGGCAAUCUACGGCUACAAGCCGGCCAAGCAGGCCUCGUUCAACAAGAGCAAGUUCUACGACAUCUAUGGCGCCGGCUUUGGAUCCAAGUGUAUCGGCAGCGAGCGCAAUCCUGCGAAGCACGACCAGAUGAAGAAGAGCUUGUCUGCAGCGUUUUCUACGAAGGCCUUGCUCGAGCAGGAAGCCAUUGUAUCCGAGGCCAUCAAUCUUUUCGUCGAUCGUGUUGGACAGGAAGGGGGGCCCGGAUCCGGCGGCUUGAACAUGACCAAAUGGUAUGAGAUGAUAGCGUUUGAUAUCCUCGGCGAACUAGCAUUCGGCGAGUCAUUCCGAUCUAUCGAGAACGGUAGGCCACAUUUCUGGUCGGAAAUGGUGGAAAACCAUCUCUACUUCAUCACCGUCGCUGAUAACAUGCGUCAUUACCCCCUCUUGGUUCUCCUUUCAAGCCUCUUCGCUCCUUUCAUCAAGUCUAUCAGCAAGAAGCAUACGCAGCUCACGCGAGACAAGGUCAAUAAGCGAUUAGCCAGUACCUCGGAAAAGAAAGACAUUUUUACAAACCUCAUUUCCAUGGUGCAAGAUGGCACCCUGCCGUUAGAGGAAAUAACGGCACACGCCUCCACCCUCGUUGUUGCCGGGGGCGAGACUGUUGCGACGUGCCUCGCCGCUACCACAUAUGAGCUCCUCCGAAACCCAACUGUGUACGAAAAGCUGGCCGAGGAAAUCAGAAGCUUUUUCUCCAGCUACGAGGAGAUCGACGCCACAUCUGUGCAGCGACUCUCUUACCUUCAGGCAACCAUUAACGAAGGCCUUCGCAUCUACCCUCCGGGAUCUCAAGGGUUUCCAAGAGAUUGCCCUGGUGCCUACAUCGACGGCGUCUGGGUGCCCCAAGGAACCGAGGUCUAUACCAGCGCUUGGACCGUGACGCACGAUGAGCAGAACUUCCACGAACCCUACCAUUUCAAACCAGAGCGUUGGCUCAACAGCAUGUGCCCGGAUCUGAAAGAGGCUAGUCAGCCCUUUUCCUUGGGAACGAGAGCCUGUCUUGGCCGCAACGUUGCUUACAUGGAACUACGUCUUAUUCUGGCUCGGCUACUAUACAAGUACGACUUGAAGCUGUUGGACAAGGACCUGGAUUGGGAGGGCAAGAGCCAGAUGCAUGUCAUGUGGUCCAAACCGGAGCUAAGGGUUGAGUUCGCCCCCCGUUGCAGUUCUUCUUAA